GGGAUAACUGUUUUCAUUUCUUCAGCCGCCCCAGUGCUUCCUCGAGCUCCGAGAUGUUUAGGAUUUCGUUGUCCAAGGUUCCAUUGUCUCGCCAUGUGUUCCCUUCUAUUCAAAAUACUCAGAGCAGAACAGUUACAACAGUGAGAUGUGACGUUCCCCGGAGGGCUGAUAUUCCAAGUCCAAGAGGGCCAGGCAAGAUAUCUACGCCGCAAGACUUUCUUAAAGCCAUCGGUCGUUCUUCAGAGACCAAAAUAUCCAUAGAUAGCUGGGACGCGUUCUGGCGCACCUCAGGAUGGGAUAUGAAGAAUGCCGGGCUGAGCAUCCAAGACCGGAGGUAUAUUCUUUGGUGCAUGGAAAAGUUUAGGCAGAACAAGCCGAUAGAAGGGUUUGCCCACGAGGAGAGACCCAAGAAGAAAAUACGGGGUCGAGGUCCCGCUGUUCAAUUCGGAAAGCGCAUUCGCUCGCGGAGAGAUCGGUAGUUCCGUACCGUACUCCAGCGUAAUUUCGCCCCAGAUCUAUUCUGAAUUACACGCAUAUUCUGAAUUAUUUGACCACCUUUGUUCAAAUCGCG